AUGGCUCGCAGUCCUUCCCCCCCCGAUUCGCCACUCUCAUCAAUGGCAUCAUCAGAUGCUUUUGAUGAUGAAACACGCGACUUUGAUGAUAAUUCAUCCCGCCCGUCCAAGCGCCUCAAGGUGGAAAUCGGCUCUCGGGCGUCAUCUGCAGUCGCCAACGAGGGCGAUCCUGACACGGAGCCUGUGCCAGAAGAUGUCUGGGAAAAUUAUCCCAGUGUCUCCUCAGAUACCUCAGGCGAUAUCCCUCUUUCUCCACUCAAUGCCCGAUUGGAUGAAGAAGACUUCCAAGACCAAGUAACAAUUUGUGACUGGGACGGUUGCGACGCGGGCGACCAGGGCAACAUGGACAACUUGGUCGAACACAUCCACAACAGCCAUAUCGAGAGCCGACAAAAGAAAUACACUUGCGAAUGGAAGAGCUGCAACAGGAAAGGGAUGGCACAUGCUAGCGGAUACGCCCUGAAGGCGCAUAUGCGUAGCCACACGAGAGAAAAGCCUUUCUAUUGCUAUUUGCCAGAGUGCGAUCGCUCAUUCACCAGAUCUGACGCGUUGGCGAAACACAUGCGUACCGUUCACGAAACAGAGGCUCUUCGGCCGUCCGAUCCCGUUCCUAAAUCGAUGCAAGCCGGACCCGCCAGUAAAAACAAUAAACUCAAGAUCAUCAUUAAAACGCCCCAGUCUCAUACCAAUGGUCAGGAGGAUGAUUCCAGUGGCGCUGGAGACGCAAAUGCUGACUACUUCACUGCUCUCACAAGUGAACUCUUCUCCGCCGAUGAACUCGCCUUUUCUGUCGACAAGCUUUACCGCAAAUGCCACUGGGAAUCCAAGUGGGCAGGAGAGGUUAGUGAUACACUUAAGAAGGAAUGCGAACUUUGGGAGGAUGUCUAUUAUAAAGAAUGGCUUGAGAAAGAAACUCUUCUUGCGCAAGUCAUUAAGAGCGAGGUUGAUUGGCAUGAUCGCCGGGCUGCAAUUCUCUCUGGAGAGGCUGAUGUAGAUGUUACGGCCACUACAGAUGCAAAAGCAAACGGUGUUAAACCAUCAACAGAGGUGAAGCCGGAAGGAGCUACCUCUGCUACCGCUGCAUAA